CCACGUUCGUCGACCUUACUUUGACUUUGGGCUGCCGACUUGUCGUGAUUUCAAGUUCUUGCGCUUGCUUCUUCCAAGUAAUAGUGGGCUACGUAAAUACGUUACUCACUCUGCUAAUAGAAGGUUAACAAGAUUCCUCGUAAUCGAUAGUAUUUCCUUGUUCUUUCAAAAUAUCGUUGUAAACAAAACUACAAGGAUAAACACUGUGGUUAUGGCACUCAACAAGCUCAGCAUUGAUAAGGUAGAUUUGACGGAUAAGAGAGUGCUAAUACGAGUUGAUUUUAAUGUACCAUUGAAAGAAGGGAAGAUAACAAACAAUCAAAGAAUUGUUGCUGCGUUAGACACAGUGAAAUAUGCUAUUGACAAGAAGGCUAAGUCUAUUGUUUUAAUGUCUCACUUGGGCCGUCCUGACGGAAAGAGGGAUGAGAAAUAUACGUUAAAACCUGUGGCUGAGGAACUGAAAACGUUACUAGGAAAAGAAAUUUUGUUCUUAAACGAUUGCGUUGGACCCGAGGUGGAAGCUACUUGUGCCAAUCCAGCAUGUGGUACUAUUAUUUUGUUAGAAAACUUGAGAUUCCAUGUCGAAGAGGAAGGCAAAGGAGUAGGUCCUGAUGGAAGUAAGAUUAAAGCUGACAAAGAUAAAGUUGCAGAAUUUAGGGCAUCCCUGAGGAAACUAGGAGAUGUGUAUAUAAAUGAUGCUUUCGGAACUGCUCAUCGUGCUCACAGUUCCAUGAUGGGAGAUGGAUUCGAGACAAGAGCUAGUGGUUUCCUCCUCAAAAAAGAACUUGAAUACUUUGCUAAAGCUCUAGAUAACCCAGAAAGACCAUUCCUGGCUAUACUCGGAGGCGCCAAGAUCGCUGACAAGAUUCAAUUGAUUAACAAUUUGCUGGACAAGGUGAACGAAAUGAUCAUCGGUGGCGGUAUGGCUUAUACGUUUUUGAAAAUAUCCAAAAACAUGAAGAUUGGAAGUUCUCUGUUCGACGAGGAAGGUGCUAAGAUUGUGAACGACUUGUUGGAUAAAGCGAAGAAGAACAACGUGCAAAUCCAUUUGCCGAUAGAUUUUGUGACUGCGGACAAAUUCGCGGAAAAUGCGGCGGUGGGGAGCGCCGACGUCGAAAGCGGUAUACCCGAUGAUUGGAUGGGUCUCGAUGUCGGUCCGCGAUCAAGAGACUUAUUUGCCGAGCCGAUUAAGAGAGCAAAAGUCAUAGUAUGGAACGGCCCAGCGGGUGUGUUCGAGUUUGAGAAUUUCAGCCAAGGCACCAAGAGUCUGAUGGACAACGUGGUCGAGGCUACAACCCGAGGAACCAUCACUAUAAUCGGAGGCGGAGAUACGGCAACGUGCGCGGCCAAGUGGAAAACCGAAGACCAAGUGAGCCAUGUGAGCACCGGCGGUGGCGCAAGUUUGGAGCUCCUGGAGGGCAAAAUACUGCCCGGGGUCGACGCCCUCUCUCCGUCGUAAAUCUUGUUCUUCGUGUCGAACGUCGAUGUAAAAGCCGAACGGCCUUUGAUCGGGAAGAGUAAUAUUGUACGGUCGCGACUGUAAGAUUUCGAUGUCAAUCGUUCGUUAGAUUCAGCGCUAGCGGGAUGAGUGUAGAAAUGAAGGAAAAGUGUGUUCUUCGUUGAUGCAUUCGAUUUCGCGUGUAUGUUACGCGCAACUUUCCCAAUAUAAGGAACGUUAAAAUUAUACUCUAGUGCCCGUUUCUACCGUCACGGUUUAAAUCUAGUCGACGAUUAACUCUCGACGGAAUUAAGCCAAUCGCAUUGGCAAUUAGCUGAACCGAUCAGUGCGAUUGGUCAACUCCGUUGAGUUGAUCGUCGAUUAAACUGUGACGGUUGAAACUGGCAGACUUUGUUUCUACGUUACAAUUGCGUUAUUGUACAGUUUAGAGUGUCGUGUACAAAACAUGUAUGUUCUAUCUAUAAAAUGUAACGUUCAUUAUAAGACAAUAUCAAACCUCCCGGUUGCUAAGGAAGCGCAUAAUCAUAAGAGGAAACAAUCGUUGUCCUUGCACGGUAAAAAGUUCGCUCAUAGUUUCAAACACGGACUUCGGACCACUCGUUAUCCUGUAAAUGUUAUCUUUUAUUUAUAAACGUGAUUAUAUUUUUGUCCAUGCAACGUGCCGAGAAGAAAUACAUGUUACAUUUUCCCCCUGC